CAUUCACUCACUAUUUUUUAUAGUCGCUCUUGCUCUUUUGAUUAAGAUUUUUUAUUCGUUGUUAGUUGUUCGUCGAUUUUUGUUGAGUAGCAUAACAAAUAAACAAUAAACAUUUAUCUUUUAUGAUGUUGAAUUAAAAAUACAAUACAAUGUAUAUUUUAUAAUUUACUAAAUCUCUCAUAAGAAUCAUACUUUUCAGUACAUUCGUAUUCUUUUGUUCUUUAUAAAAAUAGAAAACUAAGGUUCAGACAAAAAAUCAAUUAUCAUGGGAUUUGAUUUUGGUAUUUGUAUUCAAAAUAUAAAAAAAAAACUUAUUUUGAAUGACCAACUUUAUGGAUUUGACAAAGAACAAAAUGAACUUUUAAAUAUUAUUAAAAAAACUACCGAUUUUGGAGAAAGUGACUCAGUCAUUAUACUUGGAACCCGUGGAUGUGGAAAGUCAAUGCUAAUGGAAUCAGUAAUAAAGUCUCUUUCACCUGAAUCUCAUACACUAGUAUUAUUAAAUGGUCUCAUUCAUACUGAUGAUAAUUUAGCUCUUAAAAGUAUAAUACAACAACUCCAGAUGGAAAAUUUGGAUGGAUCUUUUGCUCGGGGAUCUUAUGCUGAUAAUAUAAGUUUUUUAUUGGAGAGCUUUCAAACAGGAAACAAAAAUGCUUCAAAAUCAAUUAUUAUGGUAUUAGAUAAAUUUGAUAUGUUUUGUUCUCAUCCUAAUCAAACAUUGUUGUAUAAUUUGUUUGAUUCUGUUCAAUCUCAACAAAACCCAUUGUGUAUUAUUGGUUUAACAUCGCGAAUUGAUGUUAUCGAAUUACUUGAAAAACGAGUUAAAUCUAGAUUUUCACAUAAUUUAAUGAUGUUGAAACCUCCAUCAGAAGCUAGUCAACUAUUAGAAAGGUUUAAACAUUUUCUUAAAAUUAGUAAACACUGCAAACUAAAGGCUGAUGUUUUGAAAACUUGGAAUAAUAAUAUUGAUUUAUUAAUAUCAGAUAUAAGAAUAGAAAAUUUAAUCAAGGAUCUAUUUAAAUCAGACAACAAUAAUACAAAAUUAAAUUUGCUCAUUUUUAUGGCAAUUUCAAAUUUAUCAAAAGACGAAAUGUUAACUGUUGAAAAUUUCACAAAUAGCUACUCUACAUUAUUUAAAAAAGAUAUAACUCUUGUAAAUUUGUUAGGACUAUCAAAUCUUGAAUUUUGUUUAAUGAUUUCAAUUUGCCAUCACUCAAAAAUCUAUGAUCAAGAACCAUUUAAUUUUGAAAUGAUUUAUGAUCGAUACAAUAAAUUUGCAUUACGAAAUUCAACAUUACUUGUUACAAAAAGACAAGUUGUUAUAAAAGCUUUUGAAAGAAUAUCAGUAAUGCAAUUAAUACUACCUGUAGCAGCUACAGAGAAUAAAAAUGUUUUAAAAGAAUAUCGUCUAUACAAGUGUUCUGUCAACCUGGAUAAAGUGAAGACAGCUUCUAAUAUGUUUUACAGACUACCUCCAGUCAUAUUACAAUGGAUAGAUAGUAAUAUAAUUUAAAUUGCUGUAUAAUUUUCAUUUUAUUUAUAAUAUUUAAUCACUAAUAUGUGUACUAUGCUGCUCAGUAUGUGUGUUUUUACAAUAAAAUAUGAUAUUUUAUUUAUUAUAAUUUUGUAUAUUCUUAC